CGCUCCUCCACGCCGCGCUGUGAUUGGUCGAGAGCUUUGCGGUUCCCUAUUAAAUUAAGUGUUUUAGGGAUUUUUUUUUUAGGUUGCAGAGUCAUGUGUUUUUCCGUCUGACUGCUUGUAAACCUCUGUUUUUCUAACCUCACAGUAGGAACAAUGCGUUUAUAUAUGUGUGCUGUUCUCCUGUGGGCUGCUGCAGGUGCAGAUGGGAAAGCAGUCCCCUCUCUUCCAAAUUUUGGGAACAGCUAUCAUGUCAAAGGAGUGAUCUCUUUGCCCUAUGCUGAAAUCAAGGAGCCGUUUGAGGCCUGGUUAGAUCUAGCAGCAAAGUCCAGCAGAAUUGACUACUAUCAUGGCCAGGUGUCUACAUACCAGUUGGGGGCAGAGCAGCAGUCGGGUGUUGCCUAUAAAAUCACCCCUGAGACCACAGAGGUAGAGCAGAAUGUGAUGAAGUGUUUCCAGGUCAAUGGAACAAAGGAGGACGCAGUCAAACCGCAGGCGUCACUACCUGAUGUGCAAAACUUCCAGUUCCUGAGGAUGGAGUACUUUGGAGGUUCCCUGUGUGAAGUUUGGCAGAAUGUGACCACUGUGGGUUACAAGAAGAACACAUACACACUGUGGGUGACUCAUUCAGAGGGAGGUGCAAAUGCCAAAGAAGACCCUGCCAUACCACUCCAUUAUGAGAUGAUGGGUUACAACACACUGCUUGGGUCACAUUAUGACAAAUAUUUGGUGGAUUACAAAGAGUUCAACACUCAUGUGGACCCCAAAGUCUUCUUGCUGCCUGAAGGGAUGAGCUGUGGGGGAUUUCCUGGUCCGGGAGUUGAGCAUCAUUUGUUGGCCAAUCCAAUGAAAGAUCUCAUCCACACCUCAGAAGCGGGGCACUCACAGCGCGUAUUCAACCACUUCAAGGACAAGUUCCAGCGUCAGUACAGCGACGAAAGAGAACAUGAGAAAAGGCAGCAUGCUUUUGUUCAUAAUCUCCGGUAUGUUCACUCCAAGAACAGAGCAGGUCUGCCCUUUGUUCUGGCUCUGAACUCUCUGUCAGAUCGCACCAUGUCAGAGCUGGCCACCAUGAGGGGAAGGAAACGAGGAAAGACCCCAAACAGAGGGAGACCAUUCCCCUCAGAGGUUUACCAAGGGGUGAAAGUACCUGACUCACUUGACUGGAGGCUUUAUGGUGCUGUAACACCAGUGAAGGACCAAGCCAUCUGCGGUUCCUGCUGGAGCUUCGCCACCACUGGAGCAGUAGAGGGCGCUCUCUUCCUGAAGACGGGCUCCCUGCAGGUUCUGUCUCAGCAGAUGCUGGUGGACUGUUCUUGGGGUUUCGGCAAUAAUGGUUGUGAUGGAGGAGAGGAGUGGAGAGCAUACGAGUGGAUCAUGAAACAUGGUGGCAUCGCCACAACAGAAACUUAUGGAGCCUACAUGGGAAUGAAUGGAUUUUGUCAUCUGAACACAUCCCAGCUUACUGCUCGUGUCCAGAGCUACACCAACGUCACAUCUGGAGAUGCAGAGGCUCUUAAGGUGGCGCUCUUUAAAAACGGGCCGGUGGCUGUCAGUAUCGAUGCUUCACACCGAUCGUUUGUUUUCUACAGCCACGGUGUCUACUAUGAACCGGCUUGUGGUAACACCACUGAUGAUUUGGACCACGCUGUGCUCGCAGUGGGUUACGGUACACUGAGUGGAGAGCCAUACUGGUUGGUAAAGAACUCAUGGUCCACAUACUGGGGCAAUGCUGGCUAUAUCCUCAUGUCUAUGAAGGAUAACAACUGUGGCGUCACCACUGAUGCUACAUAUGUCACACUGGCAUAGAUUUACUUAUCCUUUGUAUGAAUCCAUAUGUUAAUGCCACUGUGUGGGUGCCUGUGGAUGAAUGACACCCAAUCUCAGAUGUGUUGAGGUGUGGUUAUCGCAUCAAACUGAGCUGCUUGGUGAUAAUGUGUCAAAUGUUAUAGUUGAAUGUUGCCUGAAUUGAGAAGCUGCAGAACAAACAUUAAACCAUAAUUUUUAACAGGUUUUAUUGCUGGUGGUACGUUGUGACAGUGCCUUCCUUUUGAGUUGUAAAUUUCAUGACACAUCUUCGCACUUGUUCUUCUGCUUUAUAAUUUGUUGCAUUCAGGUGCACUGUGCUGGAAUCAAUGCAAUAAAAAAAUUACAAAAUA